AUGAGCAUCUACCUCUACGAACUCCCGACCACGGGUGCCGUCUCCUUUGCCGAUUUCUGUGUUGAUGGUUCGCCCCAGGACUCCCAUACAGCCCACAUGGCUGAGGCAACGCAGGCUCGAGCAAAUCUUCGUGGUGCUCUCAAGGAGAACAAGCGCGCAGAUCGUGAUGAGAAAGAUUACCUGAAGUUGGUCAAGGUACUGGACGACUAUCUCCCUUAUUUGCGAGGAAUCAUGAAUUGCGUAGACAGCGGAGAGAUUGCGAUGAAAUAUGAACCAAUAUUCAGUUGGCGUACGACACUCUCAGCAAACAUCAAUCCUUUGAACACCUCCCCUCGUCUUUCUAUACCUUCGUUGUAUGCCGACCUCGCGUUCUCGCUUCUAACUUAUGCUUUUGCGCUUUCCAACCUUGCGUACUCUAUCGUUAACUCCCUAGGAAACUAUGAGCGAGAACGAGCGAUCUCAGACAUCGAGCGCAAAACUAAGGAUGAAAAACUCAACUUUGCGGUAACGUUGCUGUGCAGGGCUGCUGGAAUCUUCUCUUACCUCAGUGACUCCGUAUUGUUGGACUGGAGUAAGAUAGAGGCCAGAAACACUGGAAAUGUAACUGCCAGACCUCCAGACAUGCACAAGGAGGUCAAUGCUGCCCUAGCAAAACUGGCUAUAGCAGAUGCACAGAGUUUAGCUAUUCGAAAAUUACUUUCCAAGUCAGCUUAUGAUAGUACGCUCACUCCAGGCCCACCUCUUCCUAAAUCGCAUCCAUCUCCCGCCCUCAUAGCAAAGCUGCAUUUAGAAUGUGCAUCUCUUUACUCUUCCGCCCGGUCCCUUGCUAUGACUCCAGGAAAGUCGAGGUCAUCCUCCGGCACUUCGAACGAGAUAAGCAUUGAUCUCCGACGAUAUCUUGCUGAGAGUGUGCUUUUUCACAAUGCCCUGGCACGGAAGUGGUUGGGUGUGGAUGCAGGUGAGAAUGGAGGCCGUCAGAAAGGAGGAGAAGCUGUCGCAUUUUUGAUCUGGGCCAAGAAGGAUCUGGAGGACCUCAAGGAUAGCGGGAAAAGUCUGGGGAUAGGGAAGGAGAAGGAGCAGAAGGAACGUAAGAAGCAAAAGGUGCUCGAGGAGCUCGAGAAUGUGAAUGUGUUCCUGAAGCACUACAAGAAAGUCAACGAUUCCUUAUCAUUCCAGCCAGUGCCACCACAGAUGGAUUUGCAGGCAUGCAUACCAGCAGGACGACUGGCAGUGGCUGUGAAACCAUUUUCCUCGCAUAUACCUGCAUUUGGUCCCGGUUCCGUGGAGCAUGCUCGCCGCCAAAUAGAAGAACUUAGCGUGCUGGAGCCUGGAGUCGAGUCGGAACAAUCAUCCGACGCGGAUAAAGCGAGUCCUUUCUCCAGGGAAACAUAUGCAGGAGCAGGAUCAUACUUUUGAUGUCACGAGGUAUUUCACCCGUAGGG